AUGUCCAACAGCAGCUCCAUCACUGCGUUCCUCCUCCUGCCAUUUGCAGACACACGGGAGCUGCAGCUCUUGCACUUCUGGCUCUUCCUGGGCAUCUACCUGGCUGCCCUCCUGGGCAACGGCCUCAUCAUCACUGCCAUCGCCUGUGACCACCGCCUCCACACCCCCAUGUACUUCUUCCUCCUCAACCUCUCUGUUCUUGACCUGGGCUCCAUCUCCACCACUGUCCCCAAAUCCAUGGCCAAUUCCCUCUGGAACACAAGGGCCAUCUCCUACCCAGGAUGUGCUGCUCAAGUCUUUCUGUUUGGCUUUUUUGUUUCAGCAGAGUAUUGUCUUCUCACCAUCAUGGCCUACGACCGCUACGUUGCCAUCUGCAAACCCCUGCACUACGGGACCCUCCUGGGCAGCAGAGCUUGUGUCCACAUGGCAGCAGCUGCCUGGGGCAGUGUUUUUCCCUAUGCUCUGCUACACACGGCCAGUACAUUUUUACUUCCCCUCUGCCACGGCAAUGCUGUGGACCAGUUCUUCUGUGAAAUCCCCCAGAUCCUCAAGCUCUCCUGCUCAGAUACCUACCUCAGGGAAGUUGGACUUCUUGUGUUUAGUUUCUGUUUAGUCUUUGGGUGUUUUGUUUUCAUUGUGGUGUCCUAUGUGCAGAUCUUCAGGGCCGUGCUGAGGAUCCCCUCGGAGCAGGGACGGCACAAAGCCUUCUCCACCUGCCUCCCUCACCUGGCCGUGGUCUCCCUUUUCGUCAGCACUGCAGUGUUUGCCUACCUGAAUGCCCCCUCCGUCUCUUCCCCAUCCUUGAACCUUUUGGUGUCAUUUCUGUACUCAGUGGUGCCGCCAGUACUGAACCCCAUCAUCUACAGCAUGAGGAACAAGGAGCUGAAAGAUGCUCUAAGCAAACUGAUGACUGGUUUCUUUUCAGAAGCAGCAAUGAACUUCCCAUCUUCUUCUACAUCUCACUCAUAA